AUGUAAACAUUAGUAGUGAGAGAAAAAGUUGUUCGUGAUAUGCCUUUUAACGCAUACCAAUUUUAACAAUGGAUGCCAAUCCAUUAUGCAUCAUACUAGUAAAGAAUGGGAGCAGAGGCGACAGAUUAUUAUUUCGAUACCCUUAUUCAGAUGACAAUGCGUUGGAGACCAAGACAAAAGCAAAGAGACACAACCCUUACUCGAUGCUUGGGGAUGGCACACCCCAGACUUCAACAAUACGAUGUACAUCAAAUAUAUCUAAUGGAAAGUUAACCGGCUUUAGUGAUAAGGUUAUGUCAAACCUGUUUGCUCUUAAAAGUGAACUUUGUGACCGCAAAUUUGAACUAAAAGUAAAUGAUGUGAGAUUUGUAGGUCAUCCAGUUCGCCUUAACCCUACAACAACACUUGGUCGACAUCAAGACAGAAGAAAACCUUCAACGAUUAUUCUGUUUAAUAUUGUUUUUGCUCUGAAAGCAACUCUUAAUCAUGAUGUUGUCAAUUGUUACCAUGAUUUGAGCAUGCGGUUAGGCUUGGCCCUGCGUCAUGAGGAGUAUCGGUGUCAGUUCCUGUCUUCUGAAGCAAGGAUAAUGCUAGCUGCUCAUGAUGAGGCAUCUCAACUUCCAGAAGAUGGUCAGAUAUCACCUUUUCAGCUGAUACUUGACAGAAGUUUAUUUGCUCGUCACCUAAGACAAGUUUAUGAGGAGUUGUGUGGCUCAGGUAUUGUUCAGCUACGUCUUAACAAGUGGAUUCAAGUGAGCUUUUGUUUACCUCAAAAAGUUCAUCAUAGCCUAGCAACAGGAGAAUUUAUUGAUUACGAAGGAUUGUUAAGGGGGCUACAGACUCUCAAGCCUUAUCAUACGCUCCUUUUGUUAGUGGAGCGCUCAGAGUUACUUCGGUCUCUCUCUGCUGAUGCCUCACCUGCUCUUCGACGGCUGCUUCAUGUUGAAUCAGCACUUACACCAUUUUACACCCUUGCUGCUGAUGCAGACUUGACAUUACCUCAGGUGUUUAUGCUUGUUGGACAUUUGGUAUAUUGGGGGAAAGGAACUAUAAUUUACCCUGUGUGCAGUACAAAUGUUUAUGUACUUUCUCCAAAUGCUCCAACAGUUAUCAAUAGUCAACUAGCAGAACGAUUUAGUGAACAGUUUCCUGGGUCUUCUCUUCAUGCUGUCUUAGCAGAGUUCUCUUUCCCCAUCUCCCUGAGUGAUAAAUGCCAUCCCAUGACGUACCCUCACCAACAGCAAGAACAAGUGCAGCAGGUGCUGUGGUUGUUGAAACAUGGCUUACUUCAGCAGCUGCAUACCUAUGUCUAUCUAGCUCCUCCACCAACAUCCUCAGAUUCAGGAAGUGGACGGCUUAGUGGGCGUGAAAUAGGAGGAACAGGACAGCUAGGGAGUCAUGGUACAAGUUCCCCUGCAAGUACAAGUAUACCAACUCCAACAGUUCAUGAGCCUCCACCACUGUCUCAUGAUCCUCCUUCACUAACGCCUCAUCCACAGCAGUCUCAUCAGGCAGAUAUCAUUGGAGAUGCACUCCACCAUGCUGCUGUACAGCUCAGUCAGCCUGCUUCUGAAAGUGAUUUAGGCUCGGUGUGUAGUGAUGAGCGGAGCCCCAGUCCAGGUGUCAGUCUUAACACCAUCCCGGAGGACUACAUCCGCCGCCGCCUUGAUACAUUUUUGUCACCAGCAGAAAAAGAAAUGGUCAUGAAAGUAGAAGCUGCUCAAAAUCCAGAAGACCUUAAACUGUUUGCCAAGCUGUGUGUAUAUUUCCGGGGACGUCAUCACCUAGAAGAAAUGAUGUAUAGAGCCAAUUUGUGGAGAUCUGAACUACUCCAAGCAAUUGACAAAUUCAGACAAGUCCUUAUUACCUGUCAACACCCAGAUGAUUCCUUUACGCUCACAGCUCACACCAAAUGACUCUCCAGUGAUAAGUGAAUUUCCAUUGUUCGAAAUAGUGGAAGUGUAGACUGAGAUGAUAAAACUGACCAGUUUGAUUUCUAUGGCUUCAGAUAAGAAUAUUUAAAUGAUUCUCAGGCAUCGUCUGGUCACAGUGUGUAUCAUUUAUGUAGAUAAUGAUAAUUUUGCUUCUGUUGAUAAAGAUAUUGAUUCUUUUGUUACAUUUCAUAAAAGAAAUUGUUACACUCUUCAAUUUUUUUAAAGUUCUAGAAUGUUGUACCAAGUUUUGGUAUGUUUUUCUUUUUCUUCUUUUUUUUCUCUGAUUAGGCCUAAUACUAAAAUGAAUAAGAUAUAUCUUCAUAUUUCUUCCUCAUAAAUUGACUUUUUAAGAUUUUUUUUUUUUUUUUUUUUUUUUUUUUUUUUUUUCCAUAUGAUACCAGGUAGGAAUUGCAAAAAGAUGUAUUUUUACCCCAUCAGUCAGAGGUUCAAGUACUUUCCUGUAAUGAAUUUAGUAAUACACAGAUGGCUGAACAAGUGCUCAACAACCAUGGAGUCAAAUAGUAGGCCUUGUGUAACUACAUCUGAUUUUCCCCAUUCCAAUUUUUUUUUCUAAUGCUAUCAAAAUUUAUACUGUUAUUGUUGAUAUCAUUAUUAUUAUUAUUAUUAUUAUUAUUAUUAUUAUUAUUAUGUUAUUAACAUACUAAAUACCAUAAAAAAGUAAAAGUGAAUCUUUCCUAAAAUCAAGGAAAAGGGCAAUUAAGUGGUAGGAUUAAUAAUUGACUUGGGUUACUAAACGCUUGUGAAGCCAUCAUUGUGUAAACACAAUAAACUGAAAUUACAGUGUACAUUGUACGUAUGUCACGCCAUUUGCGACCAGUGGAUUACCUAACUUGUAUAUCAAAUCAGGUGUCCAUAAUUCAAAAUUAAAAUAUAAAUACUAGGGCUCAUCAUUAUUCUUAAACUAUGUACAUUGAUACUGGGGAGUUGGUAUGUGGUCCAAAAAGAACUUUGAUUAUAUGAAAUAAGUUAUGUGUACUUGUCAUAUGUAUAUGUUCAGUUUGUUAUCUUUGUUUCAAGUAAGUUAUGUGGUUACCAAAUGACCCAAGGGAUUCCUCACACCAGCCCUGCUGCCAAGCUAAAUGGUGGGGAAUGACAUAUGCACAAACUCAUGAAAGGUUGCUAAUUGAGAACUUGACUCAUAUUUAAUAUUACAUAUUAAAAUAUGGAUGUUUUUUGCUGUGGCAAAUACAUUGCAUGCAUAAGAGAGUUAACUAUUAAACACAUUGAAAAGUUCCAACAUCAUAAUGGUUGCACUUGAGGAAAGGUAUGCAAUAUUUUAAUAUCAGAUCAUAUGCUUGCAUACAAUGUUUAUUUUCCAGCAACAACUUUACCUGAUAGAAUGGUGCACUUGUAUGCCUGAAAAAACAAGAAUAAUUGUAGGAAAUCUGUAGUCACAUUGCAAACUGUCAAUAACUUUCUAAUAGAAAUAUUAAAAACUUGAAUGUUAACCAGUAAAAGCAGCAGAUUAAGAUUUAAUUUGAUAUCCAGCGUAAGUCAGCUGAAAAAGAAAUCUUCCAAACUCAAGAAGUUAUAAUAAACAAAUGAGUUACCAGGUAAUAGUCAUAAUAGUUGGCUAAUUAGUUCAUGUACA